AUGAGCGACAGGCGCUUGGUUUGCGAGGGUUUUCCCGCGGGGAUGAGCUCUUCGAGGUCAACGGUUCAUCUGGUCAUGACAAGAUGCGAGAGGAGCUUGCAGCAUCAAGAGUGGCGAGGCUGCUGUUCCGAUGUGCGGAUGCCAAAGUUGAAUCCUAUUCACUUGAAGCGUUUCAGAGCUUGUGUUCAAGUUCCGUGCACCGAAGCAGCUCCAAGCCAGAGUGCAAAGAAGCCACCAACGCUGCAAGAGCUCUUGGCAUCGGUCCACUCGAGGAUGAGUCUUGUCCGGUAA